CCCUCCCCGGAUAGAAGAUGAAUGGUACGGUCCGGGGUAUAUAAGGGUCUGCUGGCGGGCUUAUAGCUCAGUGCGUGCUCAGACACGGAAGUCAAGGCAUAAUGGCAGCAGGAAAGGCUCAUAUUGGAAAACCAGCUCCAGAUUUCCACACUACAGCGGUGGUCAAUGGAGAAUUUAAAGAAGUUAAACUGUCAGACUACAAGGGAAAAUACCUGGUUUUGUUCUUUUACCCCUUGGACUUCACAUUCGUCUGCCCCACGGAGAUCAUUGCAUUCAGUGAUCACGUUGAGGAAUUCCGCAAGAUCAACUGCGAAGUCAUUGCUGCCUCUGUGGACUCUCACUUCUCACAUCUAGCCUGGACAAAUGUUCCCCGCAAGGAAGGUGGUCUGGGGCCUAUGAAUAUCCCUCUGCUGUCUGACUUAAAACAUACAAUUUCUCAGGAUUAUGGGGUCUUAAAAGAGGAUGAUGGCGUGUCCUUCAGGGGUCUCUUUAUUAUCGAUAUCAAAGGGAUCCUCCGCCAGAUCACAAUAAACGACCUUCCUGUUGGUCGUUCUGUGGAGGAGACUCUCCGACUGGUACAGGCUUUCCAGUUCACUGACACCCACGGAGAAGUGUGUCCUGCUGGCUGGAAGCCAGGAAGCAGCACCAUCAAACCCAACGUGAAGGACAGCAAAGAAUAUUUCUCAAAGCACUGAUUGGUACACACAAUGUGAAGAGGAGCCUUUAACAAUGUUCUAGUAUUUUCCAUUCUUAGUCUUGUUACUUGUGUUAUCAAAUAAAGAAUGAAUGGAGUUCCUGGA